GCUUCACUAGAGCCAGUGGAUACAGUCUCUGUCGAGCACUUACCAGCAUAUUACAAACAAUAGAACCAAGUUCCUGCAAUGAACAAUUUUAAUUGUGGUUAGUCAUAUUAACCCGUCUCCGGUAUAGCUCAGUAAUUUCUUGGCUGGUUAAUCGGAUAAGCUGUAUCAAGUCUUUUUAAAAAAUGGAGAUAAUCAGUCUCACAUUAUUUGGUGUUUCACCGUUUCACGUGGCAUAAUUCGAAGAUUAUCUAUGUCUGAAUCAGAGGUGUUUCGAAAUAACCAAGUUGAUGCCAUACCAAACGUCUUAGGACCAGAAACUCUAAUCUAUCAAGGAGCAGAAGCCCGAGUCUAUCGCACCGAACUGUUUCGUUCAUCCUAUACCUUUCCAUGUAUUGUGAAGGAGAGGUUUGUAAAAAGGUACCGCCAUAGUACCCUCGAUUCAACCCUUUCAAUGCAAAGAAUGCGAGCUGAAGUCCGACAGUUGUUACGUUGCAGAGAAGUAGGGAUAGAUGUUCCUCCCAUCCUCCUAGUUGAUAUCAGACGUCGCCGAAUUUGGCUGGGUGAAAUUGGUCCAAAUGCUAUCACACUUCAAGAAUGGUUUAAAAUUUUCUCCUCUCGAGCGGUUGAAACAGAAUCGUCGAACAAGGAUCUUCAGGCAGAAAUAGUUUUACAGCUUCAAAACUUAGCAAAAGCACUAGGCCGGUUGCUUGCUCAGCUACAUUCUAAUCACAUAAUUCAUGGUGAUUUGACUAUGGCUAAUAUUCUUGUUCAGCAGAAAGAUGAUUGCAAUAAACAGACAACUUUUCGAGUAGUCCCUAUCGACUUUGGACUUUCAAGCGCUUCGUCUGGAUUAACAUCACAGCGUUUAGCAGAGGAUAAAGCUGUGGAUUUGUAUGUGUUUGAAAGAGCUUUAACUUGUGGUCUAGAUCAUAAAGCUCUGUUAAAAGCUGUUUCGAAUUACCCUGACUUAAAUACACCGGAAUGUUUACUUAAUUUAAUCAUGAAUUCUUACCGCGAGAAUUAUGUUUUAGAACGGUUAGAUGAACAACAAACAGACUCUAAACUAUCUGUUAAUAAAAAGUCAGGCAACAAUUUGGAUACACGAGAAAAUGAAGUAAAGGAAAUUUUAGACAGAUUAGAAGAAGUUCGACUUCGUGGUCGUAAACGUCUGAUGGUUGGAUGAAUCAUAUUUUAAAAAUUAUAAUUUCUUAUAUUUCUGGAAAAAUGCAAUAUUUUUUUAACA